AUGAAACAUGGAAGAUAUGAUGUGGGAGAGAAGCCUUACAGAUGUAAUGAAUGUGGGAAAUCCUUUAUACAAUCAUCAGAAUGUCAAGUUCACUACAGAAUUCAUACAGAAGAGAAGUCUUACAAAUGUAAUGAAUGUGGAAACUCUUUUACAUGAUCCUCAAAUCUUAAAGUUCACUACAGAAUCCAUACAGGAGAGAAACCUUACAAAUGUAAUAAAUGUGGCAAAUCUUUUACACGGAACACAGAGCUUAAAGUUCACUACAGAAUCCAUACAGGAGAAAAACCUAACAAAUGUAAUGAAUGUGGCAAAUCUUUUACCCAGUCCUCAAAACGUCAAGCUCACUACAGAAUCCAUAGAGGAGAGAAGCCUUAUAAAUGUAAGGAAUGUGACAAAUCUUUUACACAAUCCUCAAAUCUUAAAGUUCACUACAGAAUUCAUACAGGAGACAAGACUUACAAAUGUAAUAAAUGUGGCAAAUCUUUUAUCAGAUCUUCAAAACUUCAAGUUCACUACAGAAUGCAUACAGGAGAGAAGCCUUAUAAAUGUAAUGAAUGUGGUAAAUCUUUUACACAGAACUCAGAUCUUAAAGUUCACCAAAGAGUCCAUACAGGAGAGAAGCCUUACAAAUGUGAUGAAUGUGGCAAAUCUUUUACACAGAACUCAGAUCUUAAAGUUCACCAAAGAGUCCAUACAGGAGAGAAACCUCACAAAUGUAAUGAGUAUGGCACAUCUUUUAUCCAGAACUCAGAGCUUAAAGUUCACCAAAGAAUCCAUACAGGGGACAAACCUCAUAAAUUUAAUGAAUGUGGCAAAUCCUUUGCAUAA